UUCACCUUCACCCCUCUCCCUCUCUCGCUCCAAUGGAUGCGACUGAAAAACCUAACAAAGGCAACCCUUCCUCUCUCCCUCUCUCUCCAAUGGACGCGACUGAAAAACCUAACCAAGAAAAUCCAGGAGGAGAAAGCCAAGUUAGGUCCUAUGAGUGUACUUUUUGCAAUAGAGGCUUUGCUAAUUCACAAGCCUUAGGUGGUCACAUGAAUAUUCAUCGAAAAGACAAAGCUCAACUCAAACAGCAUUCAAUUGACUAUUACCGUCAACUUUGCAUUGAAAUCCCAAAGAAUACUGUUUCACCUUCGUUUCCGCCAUAUCCAUCAAUGGCAGACUUUAAUAAGUCUAGUCAAAAUCUCUAUAGCUCCAUCAACUGGGCUUGGUUUCAUAAUCCACAACAACCUCAACUAUUGCAAGGACAAAAAUCUGGCUCCGGCGGCGAAAUGGGUUCACCGUCAAGUCCAGUUCCAAAGGUAGACCUUGAACUGAGACUUGGUCCUGAGCCUCAAGGCUCAUCAUCACCGCCACCUGCAACUGAUAAAAAAAGGUUCUUUUGAACCUUUUUCUUUCAAGUUUGCAUAUGCUUUCUGAAUAAUGAGGAGGUGCAAUCCCCUUGGGGGUUGGGGCUAAAAGGUUUUUAGCUCUCGGCAAAAUGUGCUUCCCAUAAUCGAACUUGUGUCUCACUUUUAAGUGGUUAAGGUGGUUUACCACCCACAAGUUUAUUUUACAUAUUUAAUAAACUAUAUAUUGUUCUAAAUUCUCUGUGAAUCAUGAAUAAUAUAUUUUAUAUA